AAACAGGAACAAGUUAAAAGCUGGCACUCACUUCAAUAUCGAGGGAAGAGCUUCACGGGACUCUACUUUGCUUUUAUUUUUUUUUAUUACUUAGUUUGUUUUCUACUCAGAAUAUCAAAACAUCCAAACACUCCUACACAAAUCAAAACAUGACAAAUCACGUUUCAUGUGAUCUGCCCUUAUGCAAAAGAUACUCAUUCACAGAAAGAAACCAUGACCGUCGUCUCUCUGUUAGUCGCCUUCACCGUUGUUGCACUCUGUUUACACUCUUCAACAUCUGAGUUCCUGAAGUUUCAGCUUUCCACCAUAUCAGCUGCACCUACGUUUUUGCCUGAAGCUCCUUCGAGUUUCUCAGCUUCACCUCCGGAGGCUAUGUCUCCAGAUAUAUCUCCUCUGUUCCCUACUCCAGGUUCAAGCGAAACGUCUCCUUCUCCGUCAGAAUCUUUUGACAUCCCGACAAUCCCCUCGAGCCUUAGUCCACCAAAUCCAGAUGCCGUCUCUCCUGAUCCUCUGCUUGACUCUUCUCCCGUGGGGUCUCCUCUUCCUGCUUCUUCCUCUGUUUCUCUGGUCUCGUCACCACUCUCUCUGCUUCUGGCCUUCCCCAUGUUAAUGCUAGCUUUCUGCAGAUUCUAAUAAAUUAUUUUGAAACAGAGUAAGAGAGUAAGCCCUCUUUGACAUCUUGCUUGAAGAAAAAGAUUCACAAUGUAUUCUUUUUACUCUAUGCUUGUUUAUGAAACUUUAUUUUUCUUGUAUAAUUUAAUACUACUAUUGUUCGUGUGAGGAGGCUCUAUGCCAUCUGGCCGGUGCAGUUGUUGCACUUGUAACGGUUGAUAUGAGUAGUGGGCCUUCCCGUGGGAUGCGUCUUUAUAAAAUCACCUGCUACAACUUUCUUCAUAAAUGUUCAAGUGGAACAAUUGUGUAAGGGAGUUGUAGAGUGCUCAUUAAGCUUCACGAAAGCUUUAUCAAAAUCAAUGCCAUAAAAUUCUGUUUGUGCUUGCGUUCUUGAGUUAAAAGCCUUUAGGGGCCAGACCCCAUGGGAGAAGAGUCAAGUGUUGUAUGUCUUCAUCUGAUUGAAUGUGAUUGAGUUGUUGUCUUUGUAAUAACUUGGUUCAAGUAUUGUAUGUCUUCAUCAAACCAUUUCUCUUUGUAAUUCUUUGGAUUUCAAAAAAAAUCGUGAAUCACUUUGUCAAA